AAUCUAUAGAAUUGUAUGUGGCCUUAAUGGUUUAGCCCCUUUUCUUCUCUCUGCAUAGCAAUGGCUUCAACAGUCCCCAACCUCCAGGGUCCUGGGCUGAAAUCCUCAUUCCUCGGUCGCUCAGUCCUCCGCCAUCACCGGCCGGCUGCCGUCCCCGGCCACCACCACUCGCCACCGAACAUCUGCCUUAGGCCCUCUGCGAAGUUCAACCUGUCCGAACUCCUUGGAGGCAGGGGACUCUGCAAUGGAGAGAAAGGCGUGGAGAUCGAGCUGAAGAGGAACAUCACCGAGGAAUCGCCUCCGAGUGCUGAGAAUCGAGAGACAGAUGAAGUUGUCCCCGAAGCUUCGGGCUCUGAGAUUUCUGUCCCCGAAGAUGCAUUCGAGAAGGAACUGAUGGGACUAACGGGCGGAUUCCCAGGCGGUGAGAAGGGACUCGAGCUGUUCAUUGAGAAGAACCCUCCGCCACCUAAGAAGCCAGAAGCUUCAACAGCAGCCUCUAUCAUUCCAAGCUCAAAGCCGAAGCCACCCGAGCUGCCCCUGCUGAUGCCCGGGAUGAUUGCUAUUGUCAAGAACCCCAACAACCCAUUCUACAUGUACUGCGGGAUCGUCCAGAGGAUCACUGAUGGGAAGGCUGGGGUUCUAUUCGAAGGAGGGAACUGGGACAGGUUGAUUACCUUUCGGCUUGAGGAGCUCGAGCGAAGGGAGAAGGGCCCGCCCAUGAAGAACCCAAAAUCUGCUGUUCUUGAAGAACUUCUCAAAAAGGAACCGUGAGUUCUAUAAUGUGUUCUCCGCACUUCCUCUGUAUUACUUCAUAAGUAAAAAGUAGAUUUGUAUGCAAAUGCUUAUGUGCAGUUUUGUACAUUUUCAACGAAGAAAUAAUGUUAACUUCAUGCUCAGACUUCAACAAGAAUUUCGAUUUCCCUUUGUAGGUGUGCUAA